AUGGAAGAUGAAGAAGAGAAUGUUAUUAGAAGACGUGGUUGUGGAUGCUUACGGCCACUUUGCAUUCUAAGUGGGCAGAGCAAGAACGGAGAUAGAUGGGAUCUGUUGGAUCAGCUGGAAGAAGGAGAAACCAGAAGAGAAAGCAAGGGAACCCAGAAAGUGAUAAAAGAGAUGAUAAAGUGGAAGAACUACUUGAUGUUGAUGAUGAGAAGGAUUAAGAGUAUGGAUGGAAUAAUGCACAAGAAGAAGAGGAGAACUAUGAAGUUUAGCUAUGACCCACGAAGCUACGCUCUCAAUUUUGACGAUGCCAUGUCGUCCGCCGCUGACAACUAA